AUGUGUUCAAGCGCUCCAGCCAGUUCGGGACGAACCUCCUCACCUCUUCGCGGUUGCAUGUUCCCGGGGGUGAUUUCACACCCGACAGACCCGCCACAUCUCUCCGAGGCGUCUGGGGGGCACAAUCCACUCGCUGAUGGUCACCGAGAGAGUAUCGCUUCGGUCGGUUCUUCGAUGAGCUUUGCCGGUGAUCAUGGGUCUGGUAUGGAGAUAGAUGACCAAUCGACCUCCCCGGCAGAGCUCGAUAGUCAUGCCCGCUCUCACGUCCACCAGCCCCGACCGAGUCCCUAUGCUCAACCCGCAGAUUGCCAUGACCCUAGCUACCUAGGGCACCCGACGAUUGCCCACCAAAGAGAGUCGAGUUCGGCCGUUCCGAUUCGGCCACCCGUUCACCCAAGCACCAAUCUCCCUCGUGACACUUUCAGCCGAAACAACUUUCCAUCCUAUACAUCUCUCCACCAAGACAGACCUCUUUUGGCGUCCAGGCCCAGUCAUUUGGAAGACUCUGUCCGAGCCCACAUCCCUUGCCCUGUUAGCAGUACUUUGGGCGUGGCUUCACCCAACGCCCUCGAGCGACGAAUUGACAGUAUAGAAAGCAGGCUGGAUCGCUCUCGCCAGAGGGACAAUCGAGGCAGGCUGAGCCCGGGAUCACGCCCGAGGCCAUACACUGCCUUCCCGUAUGAAGUCCCGAGUCAUUGGACAAACUCCAGUGGGACUCAGCGCCCAUCGCCUCACCGUUCACACGCAAGAGAUAUUGCACGAGGUGAAGCCAGUCAUCAUUCUUCGCCAGAGAUCGCUCCCGCACCCGCUCUUCGGCGGUACCGACAUGCUCCGGAAGAGCGUGACACUCGAAGCAUCCCCGUCAAUGAUGAUGCGACAGUCCCAUCACCUCGCCCCUCUCCGUAUUCAUCGUCUUUCUCUGCCUCUUUUGGUGUGAUCGGAGAGCCGCCGAACCCUUCGCUCUUGGGACUGAGACAUCGUCCUGUUUCUCGGGGCAUGCUUGACGAAAACGGCAGCAGCUCGGCGUCACCAACAGAGAAUGCUUUCAGCGAUCCCCUGGCUUCUUUGCGCGCCUCUCCUGACCAAUCUGCCGCUGGACGCUUCCGUAUGAACCACGAUCUUCCCCUCCCUUCGCCCGUCAACCCAUACACGUCUGGUCGCCAUAAUACACUCCCCCCGCCUGGGAACCCUUUCGGUGUAUGGGAUUCAAACAUAUCCCUUGCACUGAUACGCCACGAGGCCGAGCGUACCACUGAGCGAGACAGAAUCUUGGCCGAUAUCCGGGAAAGAGACAGAGAGAGGGGUCCUAUAGUAUCGGCUUUGGAUAUCGAGACCGCUGAAGAGAUUGCUCGUCGCCGGGUGAUGGAGCGUGGGAGACCCGAAGUGGCUGGGCCGUCCCAGGUCGAAAAUUCUGACCGACAAAGGAUCAUUGAAAGUAUCAGGGCACGACAGAGGAUGCGCGAUCAAUAUCCCACUAGAGCGAGGCACAGUAAUCUCGAAACCGCUGCCGUCGGUGGUCCUGUAGCUGGGCCUUCGGGGUCAUCUUCUCUAUACAAUGACUCUGAGGGAGAUCGAGAGACCGGUCAAAGGGAACGCGACGGACGCUUCGGUGCGCAUGGUCAACAUCAAGCAAUGGUACUCGGCUCUGACGGAAGAGAGAUGCUGAACAGGGAUGUCAACGACUUUGUUGACCGUCGUCUGGGUGUUCAUCGAGCCCCUCUUCCCUCUCCAGGACUUACCUCAAAUAGUCAUGCUGUAGGGAGCGGGUCCUCCUCUCUUGGUCAAGGCCCAUCGAAUGGCCAGAUUUCUUCCGGCGCUCAUCCGGUCCAUGGCACCUCUGGUCCCUCUUCUCGGCCACUCUGGGGCGAGGUAGUUGAAGAAGGCUCUGUGCAAAGGCCUCCCCGUCGGCCGCCUGUACUUGACCUGCGGAAUACGCCCCCCGUGUCUUUCACGCCCGGCUUCGGUGGUCCGUCUGAUAUGCAUAACACGGAAGAAGACAUGGCCGAUUUUGGCGAUGACGACGACUUUUUGUUGCCUCCCAUCUCACCCUGGGGCCAGGAUGGGACUCCUGCGUCGACUAUCGCUGCUUUGCAAGACAGCAGCCGAAGACGCGUGCCAACAGAAGUCAUUGCCGCCCUCCUUGCCCGGCGCCCUGCUCAGGGGGGAGCCUCGAAUAUGCUGGUGGACCAAGGCGAUGAUGACCUUCGCUCCAUCAUGGAGCACCUUGUCCAACCCGGUGAUGGCGGGAUGUCGCAAUUUGUCUCUCUCGCCGGACUUGGGAGUGCAAGCAUUAGCGGGAAGAAGCUGGAGCCGGGGAUGGGAGAAGAGGAGGUGAAGGAUACAGUGGAGUGUGUGGUCAAGUAUGUCAAGCGGUCGCGGGAUGAGAAGCGAAGAAAGUGGGUGGGAGAGAUGCUGGAGGACAUCCCAUGGGGACACUUUGGGAAGAGAGAGGGGAUGGAAAGAGAUGAGUAUUGCUCCGUCUGUCAUGACGAUUAUGAGCCUACCACAGAGAUCUCUAUCACACCUUGUAAACACAUGUAUCACAAGAGCUGUCUGGCCACGUGGCUGGACAAUCCAAAGACAUCCACCUGCCCCAUGUGUCGCCGAGACCUCGCAGUGCUCUCGGUCCUUUCCAGUAUGGUGCCAGAUGGAAAGGUGGAGACGGCUUUGCCGUACUGGCACAGAACUUGA